CAGAAGCUUCCUCUAUCUCUCUCUUAGAAAACUCUCUCUUUAUAUAACUCUCGCUAACCAUAACUCUCUACUUCAUAAACAACUCUUCUCUCUUAAUUAAGUUCCAUGGGUUUCCCGGUCGGGUACACAGAAGUAUUCUUGCCAAAGCUCUUUGUUCACACACUUUUCUUUCUGGGUUUCAUCAGAAACAUCAUUUUCUGCUUCUUUCAAUAUCUGGGCCUCUCUGAUUUUCUCGAAACAGAUGUCAUUUGGGUCGAUUCAAGCUCGACCCGGAUUAUUGAAAACCCGCCCGUAUCCGCUCUCCUGAUCCGAGAAAUCCUACCUGUGAUCAAGUUCCAGGACCUGGUGGUCGGCGGAGAGUCGCCAGAAAAUUGUGCUGUGUGUUUGUAUGAGUUUGAAGGUGGAGAAGAGAUCAGGUGGUUGAGGAACUGUAAGCACAUUUUUCACAGGGCUUGUUUGGACCCUUGGAUGGACCACGAUCAAAAAACAUGUCCUCUUUGUAGGACACCGUUUGUGCCUGAUGAGAUGCAAGAGGAGUUUAAUCAACGGCUCUGGGCUGCUUCUGGGGUUGGUGAUCUUUACAGUGAGUACAGUUCGAUUCCAGGGUUGUAAAGACUUUUUCUAGGGGUGAAAUCGGUGAAGGAUUUUUGUGCGUUGAGUUGUAUAUAUACAUGAAAAAAAAAUUUGAAAAUUUGGUACGUAAUAACAUAAAAAGU